UUCGGGUUGUAAUUAGUAAAAUUAUUAAAUAAAGUUUUAGGGACUUGUUAAUUCCCUAUGAUGUUCAAAAGUUGUUGUAUGCAUCCCUUCCUUUCACAAGUCUACGAACUUUUUACCCACUGUAUCUGACAUAAUUGAGAAAUGGAAGGCAAAAAAUAAGACACCAUGCGGUGAAAUUUUACUGCUAUAAACAUAAAUUCAGUGCCCAUGUUCAUCAUUAUUGUAAAGAUAAAAAAAAAAAAGUUUGUUCGUAGCUAGUGUCGUUAAUUUCCUGCAAUCACUUUAUAUAAUUGCGUCAUGUUUAUAACAGGUCCCUCGCGCUAAUGGAUUAGCAACCCAUUAGGGGUGCGUGAUAAGUGGUCCGUGAUGGACGCCGUCCUCAUUACGGCGCGGCGGGGAGACCGUGAGUCACGUUUACACCGGGGUGAGUUGUUUUAACAACGGAACACAUUAUUGUUAUAUACUUCAGUACUACGACUUCGCCAUGGCCAGCAGAAGCACUCAGGGAGCCAGUACUCUUCAUCCGAGAUGUUACGAUGCAGCCCUCUGUUCCGAGCUAGAUCGGAAGUACAUUUGUCCAGUCUGUCUGUCCGCUCUUCACGAACCUAUGCAGACAUCCUGCGGCCACAGAUUCUGUAGAAGCUGCAUUUUGGGUGUCAUUAAUGGAAGACCCCAUGCCAAGUGUCCCGUGGAUAAUGUUGUCUUCAAAUGCAGCACUGAGUUAUUUGAGGACAAAGCUUUCCAGAGAGAAGUUCUGUCUCAGACGGUGAAAUGUGGGAAUCAGAAUGAAGGCUGUACAUGGGCGGGAGAGCUCAGAUCAUACGAGGAACACGAGAGCCAAUGCUUGUACAUCUCCGUUCCCUGUGACAACGGAUGUGGCGUCUCCCUCCCCCGUCACGCGCUGACGGAGCACGAGGAAACCUGCGAACGCCGGCAUGUCAACUGCCAGCACUGCAACUUGCACAUCCCCUUCACAGAUCUUACGAAACACCAGGUGCUGGCUUGUCAGAAUCUGCCCGUGCAGUGCACACUGUGUGGUCAGACGGGGAUUUGUAGGAAGGACAUUUCGGCCCAUAUCGACAUAACCAUAGGAGACUGUCCCCUCAUCGUCGUGCCCUGUCAGUACGCAUCAUUCGGGUGUCAGUUUCAGGACAAGCGGCGUGACAUGAUUGACCAUUACCGAGAAGCAGCCAAUCACCACAUUCUUCUAUUGGUCAGAAACGUCUCCGACCAGGAGCAGCGGAUCUCCGCGCUAGAGAGACAACUGGAACAGAUUCAUCUGGAACAGGAAGUCCAAAAGCAGCGGAUCAACGCGGUGUCAGAAUAGAACAGGAAGUCCAAAAGCAGCGGAUCAACUCGGUGUCAGAAUAGAACAGGAAGUCCAGAAGCUGCGCCCUCAGCGGAUCAACGCGUCGUCUGAUUAGGACUAAUGUGAACCCUUGGUGCUUGAAUGAUUUCCUUAGGAGGGGAGGGAUGAACAAUGGGAGGACUAUAUCUCCCUCCUUUAGCCCCCCCCCCCCCCCCCCCGUCCGCUCUUUUCCCUUUUUACCCUGUUUUUAAGAGUUCAUCGAUGAUAGAAUCGACAUUUACCAUUUGUGGGAGUUAUCCAGAAUUAAAGACCUUUUAUCUAUUUCAAUCUGUAUCCUAUUUUAGCUGUUUGUGUGCUUUUAUGAAUAAAUGUUGUUUUUUUUA